AUGGAAGGGAGGAGCGACUGGCUCGCCUCCUCUUCCCGCCAUGAAGGCUUCGAGCAGAUGAGGCUGAAGAGCAGACCCAGGGAGCCCUCGCCCAGCCUGCCCAGAGUGGGCCCCAACUUCUACAGCGCCGUCAAGCAGCAGGACUACAGUGCCAGCGUCUGGCUGAGGCGGAAAGACAAAUUGGAGCAUUCCCAGCAAAAAUGCAUUGUGAUCUUUGCCCUGGUUUGCUGCUUUGCAAUUCUGGUAGCACUGAUAUUUUCAGCUGUGGAUAUUGUGGGCGAAGAUGAAGAUGGACUUUCAGAAAAGAGCUGUCAAAAGAACUGUUGGGUUGCACUUGUGGAAAAUAUUCCCGAAGGCAUAAACUAUUCAGACAGUGCACCAUCCCAUUUGUCUCUUUUCCAAGGCUGGAUGAAUUUACUUAAUAUGGCUAAAAAGUCUGUUGAUAUAGUUUCUUCCCAAUGGGACCUCAGUCCCAGUCAUCCAUCUGCAUGCCAGGGUCAACAUCUUUUUGAGAAAUUGCAAGAUCUCUUAUCUGAAAACAUUGAGGUCAAACUGGUGAGCGGUAUUCUUCCAGUGAAAUCAAAUGUGUUACACAACCUGAAAAAAAAGGGUGCGGAGGUGAUGUAUAUAAACAUGACUGCUUAUAACAAAGGCCAUCUUCAGUCAUCAUUCUGGAUUGUGGAUAAACAGCACGUAUACAUUGGAAGUGCUAGUUUAGACUGGCAGUCACUGGGACAGAUGAAAGAGCUUGGUGUCGUUGUCUACAAUUGCAGCUGCUUGGUGGCAGAUUUACAAAGAAUAUUUGCCUUGUACAGCUCAUUAAAGAACAAGAGCAAAGUGCCAUCUUCUUGGUCUAAGAGACUGUAUGCAGUAUAUGACACACAAAAGAAACUGACUCUUAAUUUGAAUGAAACCCAGUCAAAAGCCUUUAUUUCGAUUUCUCCCAAGCUUCUGUGCCCUAAGGAUAGAGUCUUGGAUAUUGAUGCUAUCUACAGUGUCAUUGAUGAUGCCCAGCAAUUUGUGUAUGUAGCUACUAUGGAGUACCUGCCUAUUGUCAGAGACCAUAAUGAAACAAGGUACUGGCCAUAUUUGGAUGGGAAAAUAAGAGAAGCACUGGUUUUACGCAAAAUUAGAGUACGACUCCUCAUAAGUUAUUCCAAAGAAACAGAUCCACUCACAUUAAACUUCAUUUCAUCUCUUAAAGCAAUUUGUCCUGACCUUUCUGGCUGUAAUUUGAAAGUUAAAUUCUUUGAUCUCGAAGAAGAAAGUGCUUGCUUUUUCAAGGAACAGAAAAAUACUUCCCUUCUUAAAAUCAAUCGCAAUAAAUAUGUAGUGACUGACAGAGCUGCUUAUAUUGGUAACUUUGACUGGGUUGGGACCUAUUUUAAUCAGAAUGCCGGAGCUGGUCUUGUUAUCAACCAGGCGACAGACAAUGGGAACAAAACCAGCAUCAUCAAGCAACUUAGAGCUGUGUUUGAAAGGGACUGGUAUUCACAUUAUGCUAAAAGUUUACCACCAACAAAACAUCAAAACUGUUUAAGAUACAAGCAUAACAAUGCAGCAGCCAAUAAGACUGCAAUGAGUAAUGAAAACUGA